AUGGGGCCUCUCAUCACCAUAAGCGCAAACCAAAUUCUUAAUGGAGAUGGGAACGACACCACUGUCAGCAAGGCAUGGGUUGAUCGCUUCAUCAAGCGCCUGCCAGAUGAUCUAAAGCCACCUAAAGCACGAUCAGUCAAGAAAAAACGUCUUGAUGCAUCAGAUCAGGAGACUUUGGAACAUUGGUAUGGACGUCUGAAAGCUGUCAUUGCCGGGGUUUCCCCAGAAAAUAUCUACAAUUUCGACGACACCAUCUUCCAAAUUGGCGAGGGAGUGAAACCCCAAAUGGUCGUUACCAGUAUGGGAUUGGGAUUCGCCUCUCAUCAAACUAGAACCUACUGUGAAUGGAUAACCACCAUCGAGUGUAUUGCCGCCGAUGGAUGGGCAGCCGAUCCAUUUAUCCUUAUUCAAGGCGACCACUAUUACGACGAGUGGUUGGAAUACGGAGGAGCUCCCGAUGAAGCUGUAUUCAUGGUGAACCCGAGCGGCCGGGUUAAAGAGCAGGUUGCAUGCGAGUGGAUCGAGUGUUUCCAUCGCCAGACCAAAGAUCGCACUGCGGACGGUCAAUCUCGUCUCCUACUCUUCAGGGGCCAACCUCAAUAUUUGAGUUACAAGUUCCUCCCGUUUUGCGAGCAACACAAGAUCAUUCCCUUUAGCUUUCCGCCCAAUAUAGGACAUCUCAUACAGCCUUUUGACAGCAAACCUUUCAAAAAUUACAAGCAGUAUUGGAGAAGUCAAGGCCUUAUUGCUUACAUGAUUGACGAUCCCGAUGAUGAGAAAACAGCCUUCAUCAAUGGCCUCCCUAAGAUCCGUGAGGAAUCAUUCAAACCUCAAGUAAUCACGGACGCAUUUGCCGACAGAGGCAUUGUGCCAUUUGACCCGUCCAAAUAG